CAGUGGCUUUUUUUUGUACACAUUUUUUUGUCUUUUUAAUUGCCCCCUCCUUUUUUAUUAUUAUUUUUUUCUCCUUUUGCUGGUGUUUGAAUUGAGCAUUGACAUGGUGGUUUUGAGCGUUUUUCCACAUCCAGGCUUCAAGUUUUUAGCAUGCAGUUAUUCUGAGGGUGAACGGGUUCCUUAUCGGUCUUGAGAAAAAGCCUUUACUUGCUUAUAGCAGUUUUGUCGCGAGGAUCAGAAACCAAGGUUUUGUCAGUGCUGAGAUUUUUCAAACGUUGGUGGUUUUGAAACAUUUUUAUUUUUUGUUUUAUGUCGACUUUUGCUGUUGCUAUGCUUUUGUUUGCAGUGUUGUUUGAUGCCUUCGAGUUUUGUGAUUUUCAUGUCUCGGGCAAUUUCACCAAUCAAACCCCUUUGCUUUUACUUUAUUCCUCUUUUCUUUCUUUAAAGGGAUCAUUUUUAAAGCCCCGUGGCGUUUUAACGUGAUACUUUUCUUGCAGCAAAGCUGACAGGUUUGUGGUUUUUCUGUUCCUCUCUUUUUCCCAAUUCGCUAUACUUUUGCUGGUGGCAGUGUCAAGUAUUUUUUGGAUGUUAUUUUUCGAGUUUUUUUCUUUCUUUUUUUCUUUUUACUAGAUGAUGCUGGGGGAGUUUUGAUUCUUGGGAGAUGCGUUUUUUGUUUUCUGUGUCAACGAGGAUGAACAGACACUUUCCCUCUUGCAGGAGGGCAACCGGAGGAGAAUGACUGGUAAAAUCCAAACCAGCAACGUGACCAAUAAGAAUGACCCUCGUUCCAUCAAUUCCAGAGUCUUCAUCGGCAACCUCAACACAACUAUUGUCAAGAAGACCGACAUAGAGGUCAUCUUCGGGAAAUACGGCAAGAUAGUGGGUUGCUCUGUGCAUAAAGGUUACGCCUUCGUACAGUAUGUGAAUGAAAGGAACGCCCGUGCGGCUGUAGCUGGAGAAAACACCCGUAUUAUUGCGGGACAGCCUCUUGACAUAAACAUGGCAGGUGAGCCCAAGCCCUACAGGCCUAAAGCGGGCUCCAAGCGGCCGCUCUCCGCUGUUUACAGCGGAUAUGAAUUUGAUUAUGAGUACUACAGGGAUGAUUUUUACAGCAGGCUGUUCGACUACCACGGCAGAGUGGCCCCUCCACCCAGAGCUGUGAUCCCUGUGAAACGCUCCAGGGUGCUCGCUCCUUCCUCCCGCCGCGGGAAGACUUCCUUCCCCAUUAAAACAUCUUCCUCUUCCUCCUCUUCAUCCUCCAGACCUCCCACAUCAACCUCCUCCGGCGUCAAACUGAAGACGGACCAGCUCCAGACUAUCAAACGAGAGCUCACUCAGAUCAAGAUGAAGAUUGACUCUUUGCUGGGACGUCUGGAGAAGAUUGAGAAGCAGCAGAGAGUUGAAUCUGAGGCUCAAAGAAAGUACGAAGACAACUGUGAGUCCCUGCAUGAGGAGUCUGUGUCAGAGACAGCAGAGAACUCUGGGGAGGAGGCCGGUGAGGGGGCAUUGGACGUGGAAGCGGGAGAGAUGACCGAUGGAGGCGAGGACGACUAUGACGAGGAGGGCAGCCACCAUCUGAUGGAGAACCAUGUGUCAGAUAUUGACAACUGAGAGAAGGGGGAGGAAACGGAUGCUCCUGACCGGUGGUAUUCGAUUUCAUCAUCACCUUCAAGAAGCAUUAAAAACAUGUGCGUGGGAUCAAGACAUCCAUUCAGGACAGUAAGCUGUGUUUAAGAGACGCCGAGUCGUGUUUGGAUGCCCAACUCUAAGCACAAACUGGAUCUAAUGUGCUCGAGACCCAUUUUAAUAUACUGGCUAUAAGAGUUCAAUUCAAGGGCAACAUCAUGUAUAGUCCAUAACAAGAAUCCAACUUUCUCUCCACUAACCUUGUUCCUGAGGGAAAAAAAAAUAAGCUGAUGUGAAAUUAAUUAAGGGUAUUACUGUAUUUGAUUUAUUAAUUAUGUUAGAAUCCAGAAACAUGAUGUUAUUGUGUCUGCUUUUAAGAAAAGUGCUUGUGCUGAAAAAUCCACUAACAUGUUAUUUCCAACAACAAAUACUUGUUUUUGUUUAAUUGAGUAAGUGACGGUAAAAAUAAUCUGCAAUCCCAGUUAAUGAAUGAAACAUCACUGCCGUCCGGUUUUGCAUUUGACUCGUACAGAAGCCAACGGCUGCGAGUGUAACUUUAUUGAGCUUUAUCCAGCCAUCACACAAAUGCCCUGAGGGGCUCCUCCAUCAUGUAUUCCAACUCCUGCCAAGUUUCAGAAGCAGAAAGAGCAAGAGCUUCGCGUGGUAGUGAGCCAGCUCUGGCAGGCGCCGCCUGCCAGGGAGCAGUGCCCUGAAGUCUCAGUGCGCUCCUCCCUGCUCAGCCUGUGCAUCCCAACAUGGAUUGCUGCUGUUCAGGAGCCAGCACCUUUCUCCUUCGCCAUCUUACUCUGUAUUCUGCAUUGAUCUCGUCUUAUGAAUUUUAGCUGGUGGUUUUAGAAAAUGUUGGAAUUAUGCAUCAAGUUAAAUCAUUGAUAUAAACAUUAAAUCUGCAUUGACUUGUACUGUUGAAUAAAAAGACUCUUGGAACGCCUGUGCAAAAGCAAAAGUUGAACUGAAACAACUUGCAUAAACAUUUAGACUGUUUUUAAUCAAAUCUCCAGCAUAGAAGUCAGGAUUACACUGUAAAAACAGCCCCUCUGGAAAUAAGCGUAGUAUUCCAUUAAUUUAGUCAAAAUUGUUUUAUUUUAGGCAAAAUGUAUAUUUGUUAAUGGGGUAAGAAAGUUUUUCUUGACUAUAAUUCAUAAAAUAGCAAAAUACUCAAAACAACAAAACUGGUUUUCUUAAAACAGGUUUUUUUUCUUACUUAGACAUACGUUUUUGCAGUGUAAAACUGUGAUCUUGAAGUUAAACUAGUCAGUAGUUGAUAUUUCCACUACUGCCAUUUACUAACAAUAGUAACAAUAUGUCUUAGCUGAGGUACUUCUUAGAUAAAUUGCCACAAUAUGGAGCUGCUACUAUGCAGAGAAAUUAUAAUGAGCAAUUGGAAUUAAUUCGUUUACAAGUAAAUUACUGCAAAUGGAAUUAUGUAAUUAAUGACUGGAUUUGAGCAUCUUCUGUUAUUAAUUAUUCAAAUCAUGUUUGCUGCACUUUUGCUUUCACACCGUUCAUAUGUAACCAUUGGAAAGAGGGCGAGGUAACGCUGGAAACAUGUUUUCCCAGCAGACUGCUCAGUGGCAUUAAUUUGGCUGAUGACUAAAUACUUUUAAUAAAACAUGAGUAGAAAGUGUCGCUCUGUGACUUCUUUAACUGAACUAUAUAUUGAAAUCUUUUUAAAUUCGGCUUAUGAUUGAUGCUUAUGAGUAAGCAGGCUAACACACCUGUUUUCUUAUGGUUACAUUCCCACAAACUGCGUUCUUUCUUUGUUUGACAUGAUGCUUCAGAAUGUGUCUCCAAGUUGUCUCAAUUGGUACUGAUACAAAUAUCAAACAUCUCAACCCCAAGAGCUCUCGCUUAUUUUUCAUAUACUGAUCCCUGACACUUGUUGCAAACUCAAUGAUAACAUGAUAACAAAAUACUUGCUGUUAAGUCUGUGAAAACUGCAACUCUUCCCAGAGGGCAAACACUUUUGGGGCUCAUCUGGGCUACUCUUGGCACAUAAGGCUCAUUUUUGGUAUUGGCAAAUGCGAUCUGGGCCAGAUGUGUCCCAAACGCCUUGAACAUGGGAAGCUCAGGUUUUGACUUGUUGUCUGAGCCAGAUGAGGCCUGUUUUGAUUUUGGUAAGUGUUUUGGGGACCAGUUAUGGCCCAAAGACCCAAAGAAAAUGUUGUGUCAUGUCUAAUGGAUAUCUGGCCAGGUUUAGGCUGUCAGCUAAACAUGGACUUAGUUUGGGCCAAACGUUCUUUGCUACCUGGGUUCUGUUUAUUAAAAAAAAAAACAAGAAAAAACAAUCAAACAAAAAAAAAAUGUUUUAACAAUCACUCUGUGAAACCCAUACUCACUCUUACUAACAUGCUGAUCCUAUUUGAUUUGAUCCUGGGUGGUAUAAAGGUUCUCACGAUGAUUGGUACCACUGAACCAUUUCAUUUUGUGUUGUAUUAGCCUUACACAGUCGCGCCUACUGCAGCUUACAAGAACCAAUCCUUUUCUAAUAAAAGUGGGUCAUUAGAGGUAAAUGGUUGGGGGAUGGGGUGCAUUCGGUCAAACUUCCCCCUCACAGAGGACGUCUGAUGAAAAGGAAAAAAAAUAUGAGGGGAAAAAAAACUGCCUUUAGGUCAUAUCAAAUAAAUGUCUGGUGAAUGAUGAUUAUUUUUGUAUUCAGAUAAAUGGUCAAAGAAAAUGGCGCUGUGCUUCAUGUUUACUCGUUUUUUUGUUUUUUUGCUGGUCGCCUGUUAUUUAUUGAACAGUAUGGUGAUGUGUCGAAUACUUUGCAAAAACUACAAACAUUUUAAGCAAGGAAAAUUUAAAAAAAAUACGGUUGUAGCUCAUCCGGAUCACUUUGGAACAUUUCUGGAUCAACAAUGGUUUUUAAGUUUAAACUGUAAAUAAUUGUUUUCAUGUUUAUUUCAAAUAGUCUAGAAAAAUAACUUUUAUUAAGUACCACUGUACUGACAGUUCGUUGAAAACAUUUCAGGUUUGAACCAGAAUGGUGGGACUUCGAGAGAUGUGUAACUGACAACUGUUGUAUAGAAAUGUACAUUCUUUGUAAAGAUAUUUUUAUCAAAUGGCAUGUUUCCUGUAACUUUGUAUUUUCAGUUUUCAUGUACAAAAACAUAUUGUAACUGUUGUAAGGCUAAAGAACUUGUCAUUGUAGAUAACUAUUUGUGUUCUUAUCACUCAAUAAAAAUGUUUGUGCCAUGUA